GAUGGGUUGCCCGGCGGUCGCCUGGUAACCGGCCGCGGAGGUCCUGGCUGCGCCAGCGCAGGCCGCGGAGGUCUGUGGGCCGGAGCUGACGCUGGGCUCUUUCUGUCUGUUCCGCGAUGGCAGCGGCAGUGGUCACGCCGUCGGGUUUGGAGGAUGGGGUGUCUCGGUCCCGCGGCGAAGGGGCAGGGGAGGUGGUCGUGGAGCGGGGCCCCGGCGCGGCCUACCACAUGUUCGUGGUGAUGGAGGACCUGGUGGAGAAGCUGAAGUUGCUCCGCUAUGAGGAGGAUCUCCUCCGGAAAAACAACCUGAAGCCCCCGUCCAGACACUAUUUUGCACUGCCUACCAAUCCUGGGGAACAGUUCUACAUGUUUUGCACUCUUGCUGCUUGGUUGAUUAAUAAAGCAGGACGCCCCUUUGAGCAACCUCAAGAAUAUGAUGACCCUAAUGCAACAAUCUCUAACAUAUUAUCUGAACUUCGAUCAUUCGGGAGAACUGCAGAUUUUCCUCCUUCAAAAUUAAAAUCGGGUUAUGGAGCGCAUGUAUGCUAUGUUCUUGACUGUUUAGCCGAAGAAGCAUUAAAAUAUAUUGGUUUCACUUGGAAAAGACCAACAUACCCAGUGGAAGAAUUAGAAGAAGAAACUGUUGCAGAAGAUGAUGCAGAAUUAACAUUAAAUAAAGUGGAUGAAGAAUUUGUGGAAGAGGAGACAGACAAUGAAGAAAACUUUAUUGAUCUCAGCGUUUUGAAGGCCCAGACCUAUCGCUUGGAUAUGAACGAGUCUGCCAAACAAGAAGAUAUUUUGGAAUCCACAACAGAUGCUGCGGAAUGGAGUCUAGAAGUGGAACGUGUACUACCACAACUGAAAGUCACGAUCAGGACUGACAAUAAGGAUUGGAGAAUCCAUGUUGACCAAAUGCACCAACACAAAAGUGGAAUUGAAUCUGCUCUAAAGGAGACCAAGGGAUUUUUGGACAAACUUCAUAAUGAAAUUAGCAGGACUCUGGAGAAGAUUGGCAGCCGAGAAAAGUACAUCAACAAUCAGCUUCAGCACUUGAUUCAGGAAUAUCGUGCAGCUCAAGCCCAGCUGAGUGAGGCAAGGGAGCGUUACCAGCAGGGAAACGGCGGAGUAACUCAAAGGACCAGACUCCUGUCUGAGGUUACAGAAGAGCUAGAAAAGGUAAAACAAGAAAUGGAAGAAAAAGGCAGUAGUAUGACUGAUGGUGCUCCUUUGGUGAAGAUUAAACAGAGCUUAACGAAGCUGAAGCAAGAAACUAUUCAGAUGGACAUUAGAAUCGGUGUUGUGGAACACACAUUACUCCAGUCAAAACUGAAGGAGAAGUCCAACAUGACCAGGGACAUGCAUGCCACAAUCAUUCCAGAAUCUGCAAUAGGCUCUUAUUAAAACAUAUCGUUUCGCA